AUGUCUUCGGAGAGAGUGGAAUGGGUGGAGAUAAUAGAACCGAAGACAAAGGAACAUAUGUAUGCUAACCUAACUACUGGGGAAUGUGUAUGGGAUCCACCAGAGGGUGUAAAAGUGAAAAGGACAGACUCAUCGCAGUGGUGGGAGCUAUUUGAUAUUAAUACUCAUAGAUUUUAUUACUAUAAUGCGUCAACUCAGACUACUGUCUGGCACAGGCCUACAGACUGUGACAUUAUACCACUAGCAAAGUUACAAACAUUGAAACAAAACACUGAUCCACAAAAGAGAAGGGAAACAUCUACACAAACUAAUUCAGCUGCACCACAGGUGCCAUCAACACUAGAUCCAUUUAACAGCAAUGGUAAUACUGCAUGUGUUAGCAAGUUAUCUCCAAGUAAUACGAAAAAUGUCACCAUUACACAAACAAGUCCAGUGCGAACCAGAAGAUCUCAUUAUCAUCACAGAAACAGUGGCGAGAGUCGUCGAGGACGUUUGAGCGAAGAUGGAACCACAGCUCUGUGCCGUCACACUGACUCAGGUCGUUCAUCCGACAGCAGCAUCAGUAGCGCUCAGCAAAGGCGGAAACAGGAAUUAAGUGCUGCAGCAUGCAACCCCCCUAUUUGCACCCCGCAACUGAAGAAAAGGAGCAGCGUUCAACCACCACCUACUCAUGGUGAAAGUGAGAAAUGGUCUCCGCAUUCAGGGUUGAACCGUAGCGGAAGUUUCAUUUCACCGCGGAAGGACGCUUCCGAUGACUCGAUGCACGAGAAGUAUUUCAAAUCAGUCGAGAGCACACCGUUAACCAGACGUAAGUUAAAACAGCAAUCGGCCGGUGGCUCAUCAUGUGAGUCUGCGUCGCCUCAAAGCCCUAGCAGUCCGCUACAGAAACCGCAAACAACGGCGUUUCUACAGACGUCAGCAGCUCGUCCGUCGCUGGUCUCCUCUAUAUCAUUGGCCACAGAAGCGGGUGGAGCCAGGCAUAUGCUGAGCCUCGAGAGACCGCAUCAUUUGUCUAGACACUCGCGGGAAAGAUAUUCAGACAGGCACUUAGAUAAGGAUCGCCUAGCUGAGCUAGACCGCAUUGAGCGUUACCCCGAAAAGCAGGCUGUCUACAGCGUGGAUAAGCCGUUCCGUCAGACCAGUCUCGACCUUCGCCAUAACGCGUCCAACUGGCACCAGCCACGAGAGUUCACAAGGCGGCAACAAGCUGAACCAGAGCGGUACACAUCUAGCAAGACAUCUGCAUCAUCAGGUAGCAGUAAGCACAGAACGCCACCUCAUGAACCCCAUCACAACUUUAUGAGGUUGUCAUCUGCCAAUGAGUCAGAUAAUGUAGCUGCUGUAAACUAUAAGUUGAAGUGCGUCAAUUUGGAACCGGCCCUAACUGAGCCAAAUGUCCAAAAACACAAUCAGAGAUUGGAGAGAACAACAACGAGAGAUAGAACUAAAUCGCGGCGUCAUAAGCGACCCGUUGAACCGGAAGAUGGCCAAGAGGGCGAGGAAGAAGAAGAGGAGGGCGGUGGAUCACCACUUUACUGCAAUUGGGAUCUACGAGGGAUGCAGCAUCUGUUGCCACUGCAGGACUAUAUUAUUCAGCAGGCCAAGCUCUCCAGUCGUAGUCGCUACACCGGUCAUUCUGACUCCGAGAACGAAUCCGGUUCUUCCCAUUCCCGUUCCGGAUCUGAGUCCCGGUCUUUAUCCGGUCACGAACCGGAUAACGAAUCAUCGGACGGUGGUGCCAGGACGCCAGACGACGAUGACGGCUCGGGCGUGUAUCUUCCUCAUACGUACACGCAUACGCAGAGGCCCUUAGAUGUCGAAUAUAUGAACCACGGUGUAUCUUAUUAUAAUACGUUUGUUGGCUUCGAAAGGGACCGGCAGCCCUCUCCGGGAAUACAUAGGACGUCAUCAGUCGGUGGCGGUAGUAUUGGUGCUACUGCUACUGCGGUGACAGAUGGCGCUGAGGGUCCAGCGUUGUACAGUCCCGUGAGAUCACACCCUCCUAGGCCGCAUGCGCACCCACCACACUUACCACAUAUGCCACCACCAGAACAGGAUAUCGAGAUCUUUGCUAAGGAUAAUCUUAACUUUAGCAAAGGAAUCUUUAGGAGGAAGGCCUCAGUGCGUGACAUGCUCUCUUGGACCUCCUCAUCGAUAAGUGCACCAAUGGUCGGCGCCGACUGGGACAAGGGGCACAAAAAGGCGGCGAUAGACCUGUUUCGUCUGGUACAAAUAUACAUGGGUGACCGCAAAGCGCGUCCCGGCAUGACGCUUAACUCGGUAGCUCAAGAUAUUUUGCACGCCACCUUCACUAAUGAGAAGCUCCGUGACGAGUUAUACGUACAGUUGUGUAGACAAACUACGGAGAAUCCACUAAGGGAUUCACUGCUACGCGGGUGGGAGCUCUUGGCGGUAUGCCUGGCGUUCGUACCACCCUCUCCCGCUUUUCAACCGGCACUCACCAACUACGUGAACAGGCAUCGGGAUCCAGCCUUUGCCGAUUGUUUCCCAGAGGUUGGCAAAUGGCCUAUACAUGUUCAAGUGUCUCACUACGCGAGCGUGGCCUGCAAACGGCUUGAAAGAAUCGGUUUUGGAGGGAAGAGGCAACCGAGAAAACCCACCACAGAAGAUAUUGACCAAGCUAGAAUACAAAUCUUCCGCCAAUCAAUGUUCGGAAACACGCUACAAGAAGUGAUGGCGCUUCAAAAGGAACAGUUUCCGAACAGACAGUUGCCGUGGGUACAAGUUGCUCUCUCCCAGCAGGUUCUAGCUCUCAACGGCAAGGAAACUGAGGGCAUAUUCAGGGUUUCAGCGGACGUGGACGAAGUCAAUGCGCUGAAGGCUAAAAUUGACAAUUGGGAGUUACCAGAUGCUUCUAUGUUGACUGAUGCGCAUGCGCCAGCCAGUCUCUUGAAGCUAUGGUAUCGUGAAUUAUACGAACCGUUAAUCCCUGAUGCACUGUACGGCGCUUGCGUCGCCGCUGGGAGUGACUUUUCUGCUUGUACGAGAGCUCUUCAGCGAUUGCCGGCCUUAAAUAGAUUGGUACUAACAUAUUUAAUAAGCUUCCUGCAGCAGUUCACGGCGCCUGAAGUGGUGAGUCAAACCAAAAUGGAUUCCGCGAAUCUAGCAAUGGUGUUCGCACCGAACUGCCUCCGAUGCACAUCGCAGGAUCCGAGGGUGAUCCUGGAAAACGCGCGCAAAGAAAUGACCUUUAUGAAAACCCUAAUCACAAACCUUGAUACAUCUCACGUGCACGAUCUUCUGUGA